ACUUGACAUGGCAGCCUCUUGGGGUCCAGAGUCAAGCCUGUCCCAGCUGGUGGUUCUGUUACUGGGUGAGAAACAAAGUGGGAAGAGCUCAGCAGGAAACAUCAUCCUUGGGAAACCUGCCUUUUGCAAAAAAACAACUCAUAGCUCCAAAGACACCGGCACCAUCUUUGGAAUACAAGUGACAGUGGUGGACACCCCAGGGUGGCUGACCAGCUGCACCACUCCAGACAGGGUGUCCCAGGAUCUGUGCAGAGGGGUGUCCCUCUGCCAGCCAGAGCCCCAUGUCAUCCUGCUGGUGCUGCCCACCACCUCCACCUUUGGCCCGGAGGAGUGGAGAGCCAUGGAGGCCCAGCUCAGACUGCUCCAAACCCCCAUCUGGCAGCGAGCUAUGGUCCUCUUCACUCAUGGAGACCUGUUAGGAGACCUCCCUAUCAAGGAGCACGUUAGGCGCCAAGGUCAAACUCUUCGUUGGCUGCUGGAGCGAUGUGGGAACAGGUACCAGGUUCUGAGCAACCAGCCUGGGGCCUCAGAGGCUCAGGUGGCAGAGCUGUUUCAGAAGAUCCAGAAGAUGAUAGAGGCGAACAAGCGUCCCAGAGGAGUUCAGGACAGGAUGUACACGCAGCUCAGACGAGAAGUGAGCUUAAGGGAGGCGAGGAGGUCGCAAGGAAGACAAGAAGACAUAGAAAUGAGAGUCAUGCAUGAUAUGCAUGAUGGGAGGCCAUGGCAAAGAAAGCAGAUGGCCUCCAAACAACUACAACUAAUACCCAGAGGACUCCCAGCAGGGUCAGCUGGUAUCAAACCUGCUCUUGCCCUCAUCCUGCUGGGAAGGAGCAAGUCAGGAAAGAGCUCAGCAGGCAACGUGAUCCUGGACAGUGAAGAGUUUCAGACCGACACAAAGACCACCAGGUGCUCUGUAAGCCAUGGGGAAGUAUCGGGGUGGCCUGUGAUCGUGGUGGACUCCCCCGGGUGGAGCCUGUUUGGUCUGGCCAAUUCCAAGCAGGUCAGGACGGAGAUCAGUCGAAGCGCUUCCCUUUGCCCCGUGUGGAGCAAAGUCAUGUUCAUUCUGACUGUACCGGUGGGCUCCUUCAGAGAGAAAGACAGGAGAGCGGUGGAGAUGCACUUCAGCCUUUUGGGGCAGGAUGUGUGGAGAAGCACUGUGGUGUUGUUCACCUACGGAGAGGAGCUGAGAGGAAAGACAGUGGAGAAUCACAUCGAGCAGAGUGGAGAGCCUCUGCAGUGGCUGCUGGGCAAAUGUGGACAAAGGCACCAAGUGUUUUGCACAAAUACAGGAGACCGGACUCAAGUACAGCAGCUGCUGCACAUGGUGGAGCAACUAGAGCAAUGA